AUGGCCGCAGUUGCAACUCCCACCGUUCACCAGGAGAACUCUGGGAUACCUACGUAUCAUCAGGUCCCGGAGACGAAGUAUGAACUGGACUGGGCAGACCUAGUGACAUUGGAUCUCUCCCAGUUUGACCAACCUGGCGGGAAGCAGAAACUUGCGACCCAGCUCUUUGAAGCCAUCCAGAAGAUUGGAUUCUUCUACAUCACCAACUUCGGGUUGACCCAAGAGCAGGUAGACCAGCAAUUCGCGAUCGGGAAGGAGGUCUUCAAGCUGCCGACCGAUGAGAAGCUCAAGUUCCGAGCGGAUCUCGAGAACGGAGGAUACAACGGGUACAAGCCGCUGGGUAUCCGUGAGGUACGACCGGGCAUCUACGACAACACCGAGAUCUACAACAUUCCCAAAUUCAUCCCAGCACUCGAGCGCCCACACCCAGAGAUCAUCAAUCAGAACCGCGACGACAUAGAAAGCUUCGCGCGGCACAUCAACGACCAUGUCGUCGGCAAGCUGCUGGUCCUGUUCGCCAUCGUGCUCGAAUUGCCAGAGGACUUCUUCCUCCAGAGGCAUCGCUACGAGGAGAAGAGCGACUGCCACUUGCGGUACAUGAAGUACCACGCGAGGACCGCCGAGCAGAACCAGAUCCUGGAGAACGUCUGGGUGAAGGGCCACACGGACUUCGGCAGCCUGACUCUGCUGUUUCGCCAGCCGGUCGCCGCGCUGCAGGUGCGUACGCCGGACGAGGAGUGGAAAUGGGUGAAGCCGUACCCCGAGAGUAUCACCGUGAAUCUGGCAGACUCGCUCGAGUUCCUGACCAACGGGUUCCUGAAGAGCAGCAUCCAUCGCGUUGUGGCGCCGCCCCCUGAUCAGGCGGACAUAGAUCGGCUGGGCGUGCUGUACUUUGCCAGGCCGGAGGACAGUUUAGAAUUGAGGCCCGUGGUGAGCAAGGUCCUCGAGCGCCUGGGGUACAGCACCAUUACGGAUGACAGCGCUGUCGGGAUCACGGCGGGGGAGUGGGUGAAGGCGCGUGUGGCGAAGGGCGUGGGCAAGGAUAAGGCGCGGAGUGAUGUUUCUGAGCAGAAGAUCAUCGGAGGCAAGUCGGCCAAGUACUACGAUUAG